CGACCUUUGUACGACUGUCCGACCUCCUUUGCCUACGGACGACCUUCGUCUUUGUUCUUCGUCGCUCUUCCUACCACCGAACAACCACACCACUCUCGACAUCUCCCUACCGCGGAAAUGGGUCUCAUCAAGGGAGGCUUCAUGCGCGUCACGCAAACCUUCAUCUACUUCCUCGCAUUCCUUUGCUCCGCUGUUGCGCUCGGAAUCUACGCCUACUUCUUGUCCGUCCUCGCGGACCGCGACGUUGGCAUUCCGACGUACGAGAAGGCUGUGAUAGGAAUCGCUGGCGCUGGUGUCUUGUACACUAUCAUUGCAGUCGUCUUGACUUGCUGCCUCGGAGGCAUCACCUUCUUCGGCUUUCUCGCCGUGCUUUUGGACAUUGCCUUUGUCGGUGGAUUCAUCGCCAUCGCUAUUCUCACAAGAGACGGCGCGCACUCAUGUUCGGGCAUUAUCCGGACUCCCCUCGGCCGCGGCCCAGCAACCAGCGACGGCGCCGGCUUUGACAAUGGUGUCCUUGGAAGCCAAGAAAACGAAGUGACCUACGCUGUCAGCCAAAGGACCGCCUGCCGCCUGAACAAAGCCGUCUUCGCCGUCUCCAUCAUCGGCGCAUUCCUCUUCCUUAUCGCCGCCGCUUUCCAGGUCCUCCUCGUCCGCUCACACAAGAAGGAGAAGCGCUACGGUCCAUCUCCAGCCAACAACUACACUUCCGGCUCGGCCAAGCGCAACUUCUGGCAGCGCAAGAAGAAGGAGCCCGAGAUGGCUCGCGACGCUGAAAUGGGCACAACCGCAGCGCCCCUUGCCGUCCCACACCACGACAACCGCCCAAGCUACGAGACCGGUACGACUGUCGGCGGCGGCAACGGCCACUUGACCGCCACCCAGAUCGACAAGGUUGUUGGAGCCGACGGCUCACACAGCGGCUACUACACCCAGCCCACUGGCACCGCCGCCAACCCAUACACCAAC